AUAGCAUCAGUCCUAUCAGUCGCUCCUAAAUUACCGAUUAAAAUCCAGACACACUGAUGCAGUCUGUGCAAUAAAGCUUAGAAUAAGUAAUCAUAAUUAAACAAUACCCUGACAUUCUUAAUGAUGCAUUGAUUCAACAACUCAGCGAGUAAUCGUUCGUGUUUCUAUAAUCAAUAUUAGUGUAUUCUGCGUCCUGCAAAGCUAAAAAUGUCUGAGGCAUCACAAACAGCUGCUUCCACAGCUGAAACCUCUGGAGCCCCAGCAAAAAUUGAACCAUCAAGACAGUCUAAUUUACGCCGAAUUCAACAGAUUAAACAAGCUGUGCUUAAUUUUCCACACAGUAAAAAGUUGCUCAAAUUGUCAAUUUACUCUAAAUGUCAGGCAGAGGGAUGUUUAUGCAAUGGAUGGAAAAAGAAAGAUGCAACUAUUGUCACACCAACAUUUUCGGAUCCAUGUAAAUGUGACCACUUAUUAGAAAUGCACAUAACUCAUCUAAGAGAAAAAACAGACCAAGAAUUGAAUCAUCUAUUGAGAAUGGUUGUUGAUGUUGAGCAAAUGUACACAACCAUGACCAGAGAAGAGAAUCCAGACACAAUCAAAGUUUACAGUUAUUUGUUCAAUAUACUCUGCAAGUGUAUUCUCACAUUUGACACCCCAGUGGUUGAAGGUCCAUUGGGUCAACCACCAUUUGAGAAAAUUUCAAUCUGCAAGGCUGUUACAAACCUAUUACUCUAUAAAUUCUCACAUCUUAGCCAUAUUGAAUGGGGAACUAUGUCUGAGCUUGCCAAAUUGUUUCUGCAUUGUUUAAACACUUGGAGUUUCCCUGCGCCAUGCAAUCAGAGGCAAAGAGCUACUCAAGAAGAAGCUUCCAUCUAUAAAAUUGCAUACACUAGAUGGCUUGUGUUUUGUCAUGUUCCUGCGUUUUGUGACUCGCUGAAACACUACGAUACAACCAUGGUGUUUGGGCGGUCUUUAUUACAUGCAGUUUUUAAAUAUGUGCGAAAACAAAUCUUGGAUAGAUUUCACAUGGAAAGGGAAAGAAUGGCGGUUGAUCGAAGAGUGAUAUUGACGCAUUUUCCUGCUUUUUUAAAUACUUUGGAAGCAGAAGUAUAUGCGCCUAGCUCACCAAUUUGGGAUCCGGAAUUUAAACCACCGCCAUCACCGUAUUCACAACACUUUUUUGAUCUGAAUAAACGCAGUAAAAAGAAUAGUAUUAAUUUACUCAAGCGCAGUGAUCCGAAUGUAGAAGGAUCAAACACCGAAAAUGUGAAUUCACCUAUCAGAGAACCGAAAAGGAGAAAAAUCGUUGAAGAUGCGAAUGAUAUCAGCACGGAAACACUAAAAGAGAUUAUGAAGACGAUAGAUGACCCAAAUUACAUGACUGGACCUGAUAUGGUUUUUGCGGAAGAGACUCAAGCCCGUGAUGAAGUCGCAAAACAAGAAGAGAAAAGGAAAAUAAUUGAGUUUCACAUCGUGGGCAACAGCUUAACGGAACCAGUAUCAAAGCAAACAAUGUUGUGGUUGAUAGGAUUACAAAAUGUCGUAUCACAACAGUUGCCGCGCAUGCCAAAAGCUUAUGUUACACAAUUCAUAUUUGAUCCGAAACAUCGAACGUUAGCUUUAAUCAAGGAAAAUCAACCAAUCGGUGGAAUUUGUUUCCGCACAUUUCCCACGCAAGGAUUCAGCGAAAUUGUCUUCUGCGCCGUCUCACUGCCUGAACAAGUCAGAGGUUACGGCACGCAUUUAAUGAAUCACUUAAAAGAUUAUCACAUUCGCAAGAAUAUCCUACACUUUUUAACCUAUGCUGAUAAAGACGCAAUCGGAUACUUUGAGAAGCAAGGUUUUUCUACGGAUAUUAAACUAUCGAAGUUAACUUAUCAAGGAUACAUUAAAGAUUAUGAAAACGCGACACCUAUGCACUGCGAAUUGAAUCCUCGAAUAAUUUAUACUCAAGUAACGUCUGUGGUGCGUAGACAACGCGAUAUAUUCAAACAUCUCAUUCAUCAUCAACAGAAAAACGUUACUAAAGUAUAUCCGGGACUAACCUUUUUCAAAGAAGGCGUGCAUUCAAUUCCUGUUGAGUCUUUACCGGGAAUACAAGAAACCGGAUGGAAAGCAGCACCGAGAGCCACCAGAGGCGGUGCACAACUUGAAGAAUCACAAGACUUUGAGACCCUGACGUCCAUGCUGAAAACUGUGUUGAAUUGUAUAAAAAACCACGAAGAUUCAUGGGCGUUCAAGUCUCCUGUGGAUAAAAAUACUGUUCCUGAUUAUUAUGAUCACAUUAAAUAUCCUAUGGAUUUGAAAAUAAUGACUGAUCGACUUAAGAAUAAAUACUACGUGAGCCGGCGACUUUUUAUCGCAGAUAUGAUGCGUAUUUUCACCAAUUGCAAAUUUUACAACACACCAGAAACAGUUUACUAUCAAAGCGCUGUUAAUCUUCAGCAAUAUUUUCAAACGAAGAUGAAAGAACUCGGAUUAUGGGAUAAAUAGAUUAAAGUUAAUUAUAAUGUAUUUAUAUAACUUAUUGAAACAUAUUUUAUAUGAAAUCAAAGUGGUUUUGUCUGAGAAAUGCAACUAUGUGAAAUGAAAAAUAAAUAAAUAAAAAAACAA